UUUCUAUAGCCGCAGCCCCGCCGGCACCGACCGCGGAGGUAGGCCGCUCUGCGCUGCCGGAGGGGCGGCUCUAUGGUAGGUGCGAGGAGCGCCCCCGUCCGGCUCCGCCUCCGCGCGGUGACGACAUGGCGGCAGGGCUGGCGCGAGCGGGGCGGCGGGCGAGAGCGGCGGGAUGGAGGCGGCCGCUGGGCCCUGAGGAGACGCUGGGGCUACUGGAGGCCUCUGUGGUGCACCGGGAAGGAGCCGUGCUGGCGCUGAGCAAACCCCACGGCCUGCCUGUGCUGGGGCGGCCCGGGGAGCUGAGCCUGGCCGUGCUGCUGCCGGCACUGCGGCGGCGCCUGGGGCUCCCCGCCGAGCUCCACGUGGUGAAGGCUCCGGCCAGGGAAUACUCCGGCCUCACCCUCCUGUCCAGCUGCCAUCGCGCCACCGAGGAGCUCCAGCAGUUCUUCACCGGUGCUCGCCAGCGAGGCCAGUACCCAGUCACGUACCGCGCCGUCACCGUGGGGGUCCCGGCAGAGCCGGAGGGCGAGAUCCACACCGGGCUGCGCUGGCAGCAGCAGGGUGACACCGCUGUGGUGGUGCCGGUGCCGGCGCCGGGACGCGGGAGCCUGGCCAGGAAGGAGGUGAAGAACACCCUGACACGGUACCGGGUGCUGGGGGCCGCGGGGGGCUGCGCCCUGCUCCAGCUCCAGCCCAGGACGGCCUUCCCGGAGCAGCUCCCGGUUCACCUGACCCUGCUGCUGUGCCCGGCUCUGGGUGACCACCAGCACUCGUCCCGCGUGGGCAGGGUGCUGGGGGUGCCCUUCCUCCUGCCCCCCGAGCCCGCCGCACCCCGCACACAGGUGCUGGACGAGGCGCUGCUGCAGAGAUUGGGGCUCUCCCCACAGCAGGUUCGGCACCUCCCACUCCACAUCCACCUGCAGGAGCUGGUGCUGCCGCAGGGCCCGAUCCGUGCCCCACCACCACUCCCCUUCCUGCGCACGCUGCAAUGCCUGGGGCUGCCUGGGCACCUGGAGCGGUAGCACCCAUGGGGGGGACCCCCAACCCAGUGCCUUCUGCUGCCCUAUUAAAUCCCCACCUCUUGCCGCGGUGUCGCAGCACCCGUUUCUUCUCCUGGGGACACAUCAUCAACAUGUGACACCAGUGCCUGACCUGGUUCCCACUGCCGGUGUCACCGCUGCCACGGCUCUGUCUCGCAGCCGUGACCACAAGCAGGAGCGGAGGCGGCUUUUCCUGCCCCGGUUCCUGCCCGCAGACCCGGUUCCCACUGCAUCCUCCCACCCCACAUGUGGGGUUUUGAAACACGGUCAGUGUGUUUCA